AUGUCAGCAUCCGUGUCACUCGUUAGGAGCUACCGCUCAGCUCUCCGGGAGAUCAACAAAUCCGCCAUCCAACCGCGAGGACGACGGAAUCAAGCCGUCUUGGGGAUGCUCAGGAGUGUUUACGAAGAAAAGCGGAGUGCGGGAUCGGGCGAGGACAAGCAGUUCACGAGGGAUCUGAACGAGUUGACGCAGUUUGUCAAGGCUGGGCGGUUACAUACGGAACUCCUUAUCCGAUACAACCCUCUCCAAGGCCUAUCCACCGAGGACCGAGUUACAGCGACCGCUAAACGAGUCGGGUUGUCCAGCCCGACGGGUUACGUCAAGGGGCAAGAAUUUGGACGCGGCUGGGCUGUCAAGGAUGAGAGCGGGAGUGAGGGUGGAAAUGAGGAAGGCGGGCGAUAG